CGAGAGGCCGCCAGUCGCCAUGUGGAUAUUACCGUUGCUUGGAUACAUUGGUAUCAUACUGGGCUUUGCCUUCUUGACGCUGGCAAUAGCCUCGGGGCUUUACUACCUUUCCGAGCUUGUAGAAGAGCAUACUGUAUUUGCGAAAAAGCUGCUGUACCGUCUCAUCUAUGGCGUCGUCGGCAUCCAGCUUCUCCUCCUCGUGGUCGACAAGUUCCCAGCUAGAUUAAGUCUGCUGAGCAUCGUGUCGCAUGGCAUCUAUGCGCAGAACCUUAGGCGCUUUCCCAUUGUCAAGCUCACAGAUCCCUUGUUCUUGCUGUCGUGCGCCCUCGUCAUAGUCAACCACUAUCUAUGGUUCCGCCACUUCAGUGCGCCGCCUGCCAACUCCUACUCAUCGUACCCCUACGCGCGCGACAUGAAUAUACCGACCUUUACCGAGAUUGCUUCCUACUUUGGACUUUGCAUCUGGCUUGUUCCGUUCGCCCUGUUCGUCUCCUUGUCCGCUGGCGAGAAUGUCUUGCCGUCCAUGGGCUCCGAGUAUGCGACUGGCGAUGGAAGCAGUUACAUAACCCCAGGCAAGGCACCUGAAUCAUAUGGAAGCGGGUCAGGCGUUGGAGUAGGCGGGGCCAGCACUGGUGUGCAGGGAAAGAGAAGGGGGAGAAGUGGGACAAAUGCGGGCAUGGCAAAGGCAGUUGUUACCGGGGUUAAAGAGUGGGUUGGAGAAACUGGAGAGGUUAUGGGGUUCUGGAAGGGCGAGAGGACGAGGCCUACCUUCUAGGAGCUCCAUGUUAUUCACGGUGUAUGAUUGAAUGAGUAAUGUACCGAUGUUGUAAUAUAUAGACAGGCAAAAGACUGUUCUCAUUGGCAGCAAACUGCCGGAGAGCCCCUGCGAAUCAUGUCAAGACAUGUCAUGAUGUUGAUGUUGAUGGGGAGUGUCUCCAAAUGGUUUCAGAUCAUUCGAACUCUUGAGCCAGU